GCUUAGGAAUCCCCACCCACCUUGGAGCUCUUAUCUCAGGUGGACAUGGCCAGCAGGGGCCACAUUCGACCCAGAGGCUUAUCCUGGAUCCUGCAACUGACCCUGGCAUGGGUCCUGCUGGGAGCCUGUAGAGGGAGCCGCCCACUUCAAGCUAGGUCCCAGGGACACAAUGGGCUGGCAGCUGAUCUGGGCACAGGCCAGCUGCACCUGGCAGAACAUUGUUGUCCCUGGGAGAUGGACACACCAGAGACAUCGGGCCCUGAAAUCUUUCCAGAGCGCUGCAGGGUGCUGAGCCCUGGGUGCGAAUCCUUCCUGGGACAACUCCAGCUUACUCUCCGCAGUCGCUUCCGCCUGCUGCUAUUGGGGGUACGCCAGGUGCAGCCGCUCUGCGCAGAGCUCUGCCAGGCCUGGUUCGCCACCUGUGAGGCUGAUAUCAUGUGCGGCCCAGCUUGGUUCCCACUCCCAGAAAAGAGGGGCUGUGAGCCUGGCUGCCAUACCUAUGGGCAGACCUUCGCUGACGGGGCGGACCUUUGUCGCUCGGUUCUGGGCCACACACUGUCGGUGGCAGCUCCUGGCGCCCGUCACUGCCUCAACAUCUCCAUCUCGGUGGUGCCGCGUCCCAGACCCGGACGGUGGGCCCGGGAAGCUACCUCCCGGCGCUCCCGCCGCCCUCGCACCUCGAUCCUGGAUGCGGCGGGCAGCGGCAGCGGCAGCGGGAGCGGCAGCGGCCCCUAG